UCGUUCGCCGCUGGUCACCGGCUUGUCCUUCCCGGCAUUUCAGCGCUGCCACAGGCUCUGGUGAUGGAUCGGGUAGAUCGUUGGGCGCGCUCCGUCCGUUCCUGCCUGGUGCAGAGCUCGGUGCGGAGGACCAUGCCUUGGGGACUGCUGGGCCUCACGCUAGGCGGCUCGCUGCUGAAGGAAUGGACGCCGCUGCCCGAAUCCUAUCUGAGCAACAAGCGCAACCUGCUCAACGUCUAUUUUGUGAAACUUGCCUGGGCCUGGACAUUAUGGCUUCUUCUGCCUUUCAUUGGCAUCACUAACUACUACGCCACUCGAAACGCUCUGAUGGUGUUGCGACGUCUCACCGCUCUGAUGGUCGGCACUGUGGUCUGGUACAUGUGCACAAGGAUGUUCUUGCACAUUGAGGACCUCACGGGCAGCUGCUACAAAUCUCCGUCCUUUGAUGUGCUGCACCGGGAACAUGCCAGCAAACUACAGUGUCAACAGGCUGGUGGCUUCUGGCAUGGUUUUGACAUCUCAGGGCACUCCUUCCUCCUCUCAUACUGUGCCCUAAUGAUUGUGGAGGAGAUGGCUGUGAUGCACAACUUGAACACCUCCAAGAACUCCAGGCUGCACAUGGUAGUCAACUGCCUGUUUCUGGCUUUGAGUUGCUUGACCCUGAUCUGGUUAUUCAUGUUUUUGACCACUGCCAUAUAUUUCCAUGACUUCUCCCAAAAGCUUUUUGGCACUUCAGUAGGCCUCUUGGCAUGGUAUGGAACAUACAGGGUCUGGUACCUGACACCUUUCUCUCCUGGACUUCCUCCCCAAUAUGUUAGCUUGAGCUUUCAAAUGCCUAAACGUUACCUAUAAAAACAGCUUUCUUAUGAGUCAGAUUUUGUUUUAAGGAUUAUUAGCUAUUUGGUACAAAAAUUUUAAAACAAAGUAUAUUUAAAGGAAGGGACAAAAGACCAAAUAUUUUUGUAUUCUGGCUAAAGGUUGUGGUCUAGUUCUAGUUAGAGAAGUUGCUGCUGUUGGAAUCCUGCUUGUCACAAGGCAGCUGGUUCAGCUUUUUGGCUAACCAGUUUGAUAGAAAUAUUAAUAAUUGCAUUGGCAAUAGAGUUACAAAAAGGUUUUUUGUGGUGCUAGUGGAGGAAAGUACUGAGGUCAGUUAGAGGCUCACUGGCUAACUUCAUAAGCCAAACACAAAUCGAAAUGUUCUACAGGAAUGUAGCAACCUGUACAGCUGAAGGUAUUGGCCAAGGGAGCUCCUGGGAUUGAAUUCUACUAGCUUUCCAAUGGUGGAAGUGGCUUGUUCCAUCCUCCCCUUCCUCCAGCAUCCCCCUUUGACUCCACUGUGUGACGUAGAGGCAGCUAAAGUAAGGAAAAGAAUAAGGUAAGAUGGCCCCUAAUUCCUUUUGGAUCAGUGGAAAGCUGGUAUGAUCCAACCACUUAGCUUAGGAUCUCCCUAAUUGUUGCCAUAGAUACUUCAGCAUUUCACUUUAGGCCAUACUAUGGUACCAUGAAGCCAAGGAUGGAGUUUGAUGCAAAAUGAGGCUACCUGUUAAGGUAACGGGGGGCCAUCAGCUGAACCAAUGGUAGUUAAUGCUGUUUAUGGAUUGACAGAACAGAAGUCUGCAGAAUUGUCUUAUGUCAAUUUUGUGUCCAAAACCAGAAAUUCCAGGAUGUUAUGUGUUCUCAGUCUCACUCCGAUCCAAACAUCCCAUCAUAUGUCUAAAAUUAGUUUCCAAAUGUUUUCUUCAUAAAAAAUGGUUUGCAUCAUCCAACUUUGGUGCUAGAUUUUCAGUGCAAUCUUAAAUAGAGUUAUACUCCUCUCAGUCCAUUGGAGUCAAUAGGCUUAGAAGGGUGGAACUCUUCUUAGGAUUGCACUGCUUAUUUCUCCACCUGGUUGAGUAAUGAUGUUUGCCCCUGUGGCGAUAUAACACGGCUUAGCUGUUGUGACAUGCUUUAUAUUGGCAAUCAAAGCUUUCUUGUUGAAAGCUGGGUGUUGGUUACAAAGUUGCCACAUCUCAUUGUCUUCAUUUUAUCUUCAUCAGUUAAAUUACGUAUCCUAAAUGGCUCUGUUCAUUGAUGGCAAAAAGAAAUGCAGUUUGUUCUUAAUGGGUAUCUGAAACGAAAGGGUUUUGUUAUGUUUAUACUGACUGCUACAGCUAAACUUUACCACUAAGAAAAAUCCAGAAAUGAGUCCACCAACUGGCGUUUUAGAUUUCUAGUUUUAGGUGCUUUCUUUGUUUUUAUGACACUAAUUUUUUUUAAAAAAGAAAGAAAACACAGUUCUUAUUUUAUAUUAUGUUUGCACUAGCUUUCUGACUUAGCUGGUUGCUUGGGAAACAGAUUUUGCUAGAAAAGUUUCAACUUUGACCGACAGUGCUGUUUUGAGUGUUGCCUCCAUAGAUCCAGUAUAUUUAUGUGCUCCUAAUGGAUGCAUAGUCUCUAAAUACACAAAGUUUGCAGGGUCUCUGUAUUCCAGAGCACCCUAUCAUAACAUUACAAACCCGUCUACAGAUUUAUUGGGGGUUUAGCCAAAAUCUUCCAUUUUUAAUUCAAAAAUCAACCAGAAUAUUUCAGUACUUGGAUUUUAUAUUUCAUAAACCUCAUGAGGUGGGGUACUUGUACUUAACCUGACUAGACCCUCAGUCCUAAAUGCAUUUACUUGCAAAUAAAUGCAUAUAAUUUCACAGCCCUCAUAAGCACACUUAGAUAUGGGGCUGGCUUCCAAAGUGAUCCAAAGGAGAGCGAAUGUAACAUCCUUUUACUGAAAAGGAUUUAAGGGUUUCUGAACCUCCAACUUGAUUUAUAAAACUCCUCCAACUUUCAACGCAGGAAAGAUUGCAGGAAAAAAAAUCAUAUAUUGGCAUUACAGAAUCACAAUAUAUCUCAGUUGAUUGCCGACCCAGUACUUAGACUUACAUUGUUUAUGGCUAAGCUGAUGUUACAUUCUGUUCCAUUCAUGCAAACUGGGAACCCACCAGUUAUGUGUAUCAGGAGCUUGGUAUAUCUAGUACAUAUCAUUUUUUGUGCAAAUUUGUUGGUAUAUAGAUUUUCCAGCCAUAAACAAUAUAUGUUUCGCAUUUGUGAAUGGAAGCUGUAUCCCCACAUGGAAACUGUUUCCCAAUUUGCAUAAGAUAGCAACCACAUGUAUCAGAUACAUUGUGUUCCAGAUACAUGCAGCUGGCAAGCUCCCAGUUCAUGUGAACAGAAUCUAAUGUCUGCUGAAGAGGGCUUUUGUCUUACUGACCUCUGUGGAAUUAUGUUUUAUGUAAACAUGCCAAAUUUAAGAGGCCUAUAAACUGUAGGGAAAAUGCUCUGUGGAUGCAGUACUGUUUCCUUGCAUGAAAACAGUUUAAAGCCAUUCUCAGUCGUGUACUUGCUCAUAAACAUUGGUGCAAGAAGUGGCACUUAACACAGCCACAGUUGUGGAAACACUUUUUCUGGCCUCUACACGAGAUCCUCUACGGCUGUUCCAGUGUGCAGCCUGGUUUACGUGGACCAUUUGGCUCCAGCAUAUUUGUGGAUAACAAGUACCAAACAAGAAUUGGCCCAAAGUAUUAUAUCUUGCAGUUUAUUGGUAUCUUGCCAAGUGGCACUUUUAAGUAGUAAGCUUACAUUCAUACAUAUUUUUAGUGCUAAUAAGCUAUGAGUUUUUUAACUGCACUGACACACCUUCCUUCAUCAUAAUUUAUGUGCAUGCAUUUUUACUAUUUUGAGUGUGUAUGCUAAAUAUUACAGAGCUGGUGGCUGAGUUUGCGUACUCAUGAAGUAAGGAUGCAGAGAGAUAGCAAAACCUUAUAAUGGCACGUAAAGAAUUGUUCUCUUCUGUAUAGCACUGUUAUUUGGCAUAGUACUUAAUUUUUGACAUUUGCUUUGUUUUUAUUUUCCAUGAAUGAACAAAUUAAGUUCAGUAUUUAAGAACUGUAAAAUAUCUUGCAGUUAUCCUGCAGUCUUGAUUGUUUAUCACUGUAUUUAUCAAGUUGUGUUUUAUUUCCAAGAGCAUGAGAGUAGCAACCUGGUUCUAAAUGCUCAUUUUUGCAAAUCAUUCCGUUUGUUAUUGGUAGGAUUUCCUUCCAAGUAAGGGAUCAGGGGCAUGCAGAAUUUUUCUGGUGUAUUUUAUUCUUUUCAGAAGGGGUGCUUCUUUUCCCUGACAACAGCCUGACCCACAUUGUGUGCCAUGAGGCUACCUCUGUUUUUCUUUAAUAUCUGUAGUCUUCUCUGGGCCAGAGGCUGUGUGUAGCAGAGCACCUUCAAGUCUUGUUCAAGUUUGUGAUCUUCAGGGUAAUGCAGGUGCUUUAGUGGAGAUUCAUUAAGUUAGAGUAAAUACAAAGAAGCUGGUAUUCCUGAAUUAUUUGUAUUGUCAUGCCAAACCUCCUUUAAGCUGCCUUUCCUCAACAGGACCUUAGCAGAAUUCAUGAAUUAAUGUCUCUGAAAAUCAAUGAAAGUUUUGCCAGUGAUUUUACCAGGAUCUGGGCUAUCUCUUCUUGUGCAGUUCUUGUUGACUUAUAUUGUAUACCUAAAGCUGUCAUAACCACAUUUAUUAACGUUAGAUGACUAGCAGUGUUCAAAAUAUUCAAGUAACUAAACAAUUAGAAAUAAUACAGGGGCCUUCUUAGAGAUGCUUUCAGUUGGUUUCUGUUAGCAGAAACGGCAAAGAAAAAAUUAGGACUCAGACAUACCUCACAUGUUUGUAAGUAAUCAUGAGUAUGAAUUGCGAUUUGUUCUUGACAUGCUUACUUGGAGGGAAGUUCCAUUGAUUUCACUGAGACUUGCAUCCAAGCAAGUAAAUAUAGGAUUACAGAAUUAAGGGACUGUAGCCAGUUAGGAGGAUCACGGGGUUUGCUUGGGGAUGCAUAGGGGCCAAUGUUAAAAACAUGUUUGAGCAGUAGUGCAGAUUUCAGAUCGGCAAGCAUUUUUGAAGGCUGACAACUUGGGAACAGUUCCAGUGUAAUAUUGAGCACCUACCUGCUGGUAAUUGGAGUGAAUUCUGAGGGUGUCCAUGGUAUCUAGAUAAAUUGCAGCUUCCCUGUGGACACUUCUGCAGAUUGCAACUGUUUGGAAAUCUAGUACUAAUGGCAUAUUGCAUGGAUAAACCCAGUUACUUCUUUAUACAUGGGGAUCACUUCAGCAGCCAUCACAUGUAUGAGGAAUGUUACUUUGAGAUUAGCCUACCAUUUUCCAUUUAAAAUGAGACCAGGCUGCAUUGCAGUGGUGGUUGUGUCAUACAAAUGUUCAUGCAUUAUAUCCUUGGUUUGAAAGCAAGUUGAGAAGCCAUUUUAAGCUUUAGCAGGUACUUCCUCUGAGUGUGUAGCCACCCAGAGGCAAUAGAACAGUAUCUGGCAACUACUGUAGUUUUGGUAGCUUCCUGCAAGUAGUUAUACCUUAAAAUCAUAAUGGCUUAAGGAAAAACCUUUCCAAAUAUACUGACUGAGGUAACUGAGGCUUCUGAUAAAGCCUCACUACUUGUACAUAAUUGCAGCAGACAUGAUGAGUAAGGUGUGUAUAGUGGAAGGAAUACAGUGUGUGGUCUAGUACAAGAUGCUUCCUUCUCAGCAGGGGAGACCUUUGGGGCCAUUCAUCUAAUGGGUGAACACCCUGAGAUACAGAGGUACCAUACUCAGUUUGAGAACUAGGGGCAUGUUGGCUUUUUCCUCCUGUGCCUUUUGACUGUAUUUGAAGCAGAUAAUAGCUUUUAACUUGCAAUAUAGUCAUAGCAGUUUUUGAAAUUCAAGGGCAGAGAAUUUUCUGACCAGAGUCCCACUUUCUUCUUUCCUUUGGAGAGAAGAUAGCUUGUACAGUAUUUAUACCAUGGAAUUACAAACUCUCUUCCAAGAAUGGAGAAGCCUGACUUGUGUUCUUCUCAACAAGCAAAAUGCUGGAAUUGGAACAGGUUUUUGUCAAAGAUUAUUUUUUUUUGGAACUGAAAGUGUUUGUUUGGGGCGUAUUUUAAAAGGCAAUGAUGCAGAAAGCAACUGCAAUCAUGGUGAUAUUGGACAGAAUAACACUGCUUUUUUCCUAUUAAAAUUCAUUCCCUGCAA